AUCUAACCAUUACCAUCCUCACCUUUAUCCCCCAACAAAAAUUCCAAACAAAUAAAAAAAAUCACUAGUAAUAAUAAUUAAACAAAAAUAAAAAAAAAUCAAAUAAAAAUGGAAUUGGAUCAGCUUUAAGAAGAAAGAGAAAGAGAAAGAGAGAGUACUCCUUGUAGCAGUAGCAGUAAAAGAUGAAGAAGUAGAAAAAAAAAGAGAGAGAUAAAUAAAGAAAGAAGAAUUUAAAGAAAUUGUUGGGAAGGUGGCCAUGGCGGCGUUGCAGACCUAAAAUGUCUCAUUCAUUCUCUCUCUCUCUUAAUGUUUCCUGAUUAGCAGACUCUGCUCUCUUUCUUUCUUCUUCUUCUUUACUUCAUUAUUGAUUAUUGUAUUUUUCUCUUGUUAUUUUUCUCACAAACAAACAAAUAACAAAACAAACAUCCCUUUAUUUCUAGGGUACAUACCCUUAUCAGUUUAGUUAUCCCCUCCAAAUUGCCCUUUAUUUUUUUUUUAUUUUUUUUUGAGGAGGUUAUGGAGUGUGUCCUCUUCAAUUUGAGUUCAGGAGAGAGAAAAUCAUGUCUGGGUUUUUCUCAUUAGGAACUGGAACCGAAAAUGGAAGAGAAAUCAACGACAACAACAACAUAACUUACAGAAAUGAACAAAUAAUCCCUUCUUCAGAGUUAUGGCAACAACUUCCUUAUGAGAGUGCGAGAUCUGUUGACGCCAACAACAAUAGUAAUAAUAAUAAUAGGUAUAAUUUGAUGAUGAUGAGAAUAAGUAGUAGUAGCGGUGGCGGUGGCGGCGGCGGUAGUGGGAGUGGGAGUGGUAGUGGUGGUGGAAAUAUCAGCUGCCAAGACUGCGGAAACCAAGCGAAAAAGGAUUGUGUUUACAUGAGAUGUAGAACUUGUUGUAAGAGCCGUGGAUAUGAUUGUACUACUCAUGUUAAGAGUACUUGGAUUCCGGCUACUAUCCGUCGCGAACGCCACCACAAACUUGUUCAACAUCCGGAUCCUCCACCGCAGCAACCACCACAGCAGGAGGAGCAACAGCAUCAGCAUCAGCAGCAGCAGUAUUUGGGAGUGACACCGAAGAGGAGUAGAAGAGAGAAUUGUUCUACUUCCUCAUUGGUGUGCACUCAACUGCCCUUUAGUGGUACUACUAAUACAAAUAACACAGUAGGAAUGGAAGUGGGGAAUUUUCCGGCGGAAGUGAGCUCGUCGGCGGUGUUCCGGUGCGUAAGGGUGAGCGGAGUCGACGACACAGAGGACGAGUACGCGUAUCAGACGGCGGUGAAUAUAGGAGGGCAUGUUUUCAAAGGGAUUUUAUAUGAUCAAGGCCCUGAUCAACCUCGACAAGGUAGUAAUCCAACUCCAACUCCGCCUAACUACGGUGGUGGUGGUGGUGGAGGAGGAGGAGAAAGCUCUUCGGCUGCAAGGGGUACCACCACCACCACCUCUGUAGGUGGGCCGACAAUCGGGUAUAAUUUAGACCCGUCAUUCUACCCGCUUCCUCUCAACACUUACUUGCCACCGGGUACGCCAUUUUAUCCCAACCCAAGACCUUAAAAAUCAAGGUAAAAAGAAAAAAGAAAAAAGAAUAUACAUAAUAUUAUUUAUAUCCUUUGAUAGUUUGAUCUCUUCUUCCAUUGAUUUGAAUAGAGGGAAGGAGAUUAGAUUAUAAUAUAUGGGUUGUGUUAAUUAUUUGUUGUUAAGAAAUUUGAGGAGCUUUUUGUUUUUUUAGCAAAUUGUUAUUUCCCAUGGUUGGUUGUUUGUUUUAUGAAUAAAAGAAGUACCUAAUACUUGUAUACUGAAGUAGUAGUAACGUAGUAGCUGAACUGACCAAUCUGUGAUAGUUACUAGUUCAGUAGAGUAAUAAUAAUAAUAAUAAUGUACGAAGUGUUAAUUUUGUUCUGUAA